AAACCCUAAUAAGGUGGAUGGAGGGACAUUAAAAAAACAUGUCCCAAAGGGGCGCUGCCUAACCAGGCAGCAAACCCGCAGCCAUAAAUCAACACCGGAGGACUUUUGAUUUCUUAACCACGGCUUCCUGCAGCGGCAGCAGAGGAACCGGCUUGUUGGCCGAACCGCUGACCCUCCGCCGCGCGGCAUAGGAUUCUAUUUCUGGAGCCGGGUUGCUUUUACAGAUUAACUGCCCUCAAAUAUGGCCCCAAUCCGACACUAGUUAGACUGCUGCCCCCCCUCCUCUCUCCUCUACCCCCCGGAAACAAACACACUGCUGCACGUCACAACGGACUGAAAGACUUUUUUGUUAUUCUCUUCACAAUUGUUUCUUUACUCGCAACACUGACUUUCAUUUUGACAACGUGACACUGUGCUUCGAUUAUUAAGACUUUGUGUUUAUUGACAGAGACGGUUUCCAUCAGCUCCUGAGGGCCGGUCACACGGAAAACCCUUUCCCCGGUGUUUUCGCGAGCCUGUCAGUGUCUAAUCAAGGUCCUCCCUCCAUCAUCAGAAUUGACAUUCCCACAUUGUCUGAGAGAGUGAGUGAGCCAACAUUAGCAUAUUCAUGAACGCUGACGCACUCAACCAUGUGAAAUGAAAGACGCCGGGGCGAACCCCGAGCCAUGAAGCCCUGAAACAAAUAGCAACCGACAUGUGAGGAAAAGAGGAUCUUGAAUCCCCUGAACAAAUUCAUCACAUAUCACGGCACACAGGAGACGGGCACCACUGGAACAUAAAGGAUAUUUCAUAAACCUGGCGUGUGUUCUCAGCCUCUGGACAGAGGCCUGCAAUAAGAGAAAAGUUAAAGAAUAGGAUUACGGAUGGAUUAUCACUGAAACACUAAAGCCGCCAAAGCAGCUGCCUUUGCGUAAACCCACUGAAUCUCUUCAGGGAGUCGCUCCGCGGACCGAUUCGUAGAAUACAUUUGGCCGUGGAUGCGGUGUCCUCUUGUGCGGUUGGCUUUAAAAGAGACGGAUGGAGAAUAUAGAUGAGCUGGAGCACCCUCUUCUGGGAGAAGGCCCCCAUGGCAGCCGGGCAUCGGGGGCGGGCCCGAGGCCCGGGCCCGGACCGGCCCCUGGCGGGAUGUUCAAGGGCAUCUUGGUGAAGUGUGAGGAGGACAGGGCCUACCCUCCCUUGGCCUGGAGGAGCUAUCCUGGACAUCGUCCUGAGCUUCAGCAGCAGCAGCCGCUGGACCCUUGCUCCUUACCCCGCACGCUGGAGUCCUUUUACCCGCCGGCUCCCAUCUGGGGCCACGCGGACUCCCUGCUCAGCAAAGACUACCUGGAGACCACAUUUGUGGACAUUCGGCCCGGCUCCACGCUGGAGAGGAAGCUGCUGGCCGAGACGCAGGACUUCCACAGUGCGUCCUACAGCUUGGACGAUGAGGACGACCUGCUGCCCGACUCUGACGACUCAUCCAUUGAUGACUUCAGUGAUACAGACAGUGAGAGCAACUUCCCCCUGAUGAUCCCUCAGGACUACCUGGGUCUGGCCUUCUUCUCUAUGCUCUGCUGCUUCUGGCCCCUGGGCAUCGCCGCCUUCUACCUUUCACAGAAGACUAACAAGGCGUCGGCUGAGGGGGAUUUUCAGGGGGCCACGGCGGCGUCUCGCCAGGCCCUGUGGCUCUCGGUGCUCUCGAUCGUGUUUGGGAUCAUCACGUACAUCUGUGCCAUCGCCGCAUUGAUUUCCUACCUGUCUGGAAAACCGCCAUAAAAGCAAACUCUUACCACACGCACGCACGUCACACAUCUCAUGAAUACCAACACAACUGUAAAAAUAAUCUGUGUUUUUUGUGUCAACCCAACGACAGCUGGAAGAAGAAAGGACAGGUGCAUUGCUCAUAACCACCUCUAAUGGGAGGCGGGCAUUAUUUAGCUCACAGGAUAGUCCUCAUUGAAACAUCACGUCCACUAUACAUAUCCAAGAUUCAGUCUGUAAAUGUGAUUCAUGGUGUCUCUCAAGGACCUAAGCUCUCUGUCAUCCUUUCAAUUGUUUUGCUGUCGUCACAUUUUAAAGGAUAAACAAAAAAACUGGGACAAAAAAAUGCAGAUGUUAUGGCAACACUGUAGAUAUCACUGUCACUGGAAGCAGAAAGCGAGGAGACGCGCUGCCCGGGAGGAGGAAGGCGGGUGGAGGCUGCAGAUUUGUGAGAAGGUCGCUGCAAGGACGAGGCAGCAGCUAAAUCCUGAUGGACCUCGUUAUGCUGUCGCUUUGGGGAGGGGGGGGGGUGAAAGCUGGGGACGGCGUUUACAACCCCGCAGCUUUUUCCCUUUCUUUUUAUAUGUGGAUCCAGAAGCGUUAAUCUUCCAGAGAAGCCAGAGUGUCUUGCUACUCACUGCACAUGUGCAUCCUGGUUUUAACAUCCUGCGUCACAUUGUUAACCUGCAGAACAGACGGAAUCUGCCUUGUUUGAUGCCAAGUUCAAUGAAUAUCUUUAGUAUCAUAUCGUGCCAUUAUAUAAUAAAAAUAAAGAUAACUUUAAGAGUUUCUGAAUGAAAAGCAAAGUAGUGUUGCGAAACACAGUUUCUCGUUGUGAAAAUAAAGGAACUGCUUCUGUUUACAGUGUUAGGAAAGGAUGACAUAGACGGGAGGUGCAGACAUGAAAGGGAAAGUGCCAAAAGUAUAGGAAGAUACUCCAAGGAUGAUCCUUUUAUGAACUGUUCCAUGAAAAGAAGCAACCAGGCUCUCCAGAUAUAGAUUCUGCUACUUUCUCUUUCGAAAAGACAACUGGAACCCUCCAGAAAGUUCACUUCUUGCCAUAAUAUGACAAACUUGAAAAUAAAGUUGUUAGCCUACACUUAUGUAAGCAAACAUAACGCUUUGUUCUGAUGAGCAAGGGGUAAAAAAGAAAAAAAGAAAGGGUUGGCUGGCGAGACGCACAGCCACGUGAUGCAUGAGUCAGUAAAACCUCCAUUUGGGUCACGUCAGGAACCUGCAUGGCCAGUUUGUGGUUUGCCAGCUACGGACCUGCUCAGAGCUACGAUCCCUUACUUGCUUCACCUGGUCUGAACUAUUGCAAAGAAACCAGCCUCGGUAAAAGUCAAAACACUCUGGCCAUAUUGGUUUGAGCUUAAGUGUGCCAUUAAGGAAGUAAAUUAAGAAAAAAAAGAUGUACAGUUAGACUUGACGUUUUCUAUUUAGAUGGAUAGUUUUUAUAGUCUCCCAAUGACGAUAAAUACUUUUGUUUUUUUUGCAAACCCAGUGUUGUAUCAAGACUGAUAAUUAAAAUGGUCACUGUAGGUGAUAUAUGUAGACACACACACGAUCCCCGGUGACGUGCUGCGAGGAUGCCCCUCUGACCAGUCUUCAGUGUCGUGCAGUCGUGAAUCCCGAGACAGAAAAGAAAAAUACGACCCUUUGUUGUUACAGCAGAGUUAUCCCAAUUAUUGAUUUAGACACAAGCAUUUAUUUUGGAUUGCCUCGACGGUUCCGCUGUCAACCUGUCGGGCUCCAGUCAGAUUGGUCUCACAUUGUACAGAUUGUCAAAGAGAAGGUCAAAGGUUAUGAAAAAUGAGAGUACAAGUUAUAUUUAUUCCACAUCCUUUUAUUACAUGUAAAUAAAUCAAAAUAAAAUUGAUGAAUCACAAUAAAUGCACUUGUUUAACAUUCA